UCAACAUUGUCCAUUUAUAGCAUUUUAUAGUGUGUGCUUUUCGCUGAACCAUCGAAUUUGUCAACAAAAAAGCAUUCAUUUGAUUUUUGAGCGUUUUUUACUAGCUUUUGCGAAGCUGGCCCGUCGGUGCCCCAGUGUAUUAUUUAACGUAGCACUAGUGUAAUAUGUCGAUAACAGAAUUCCUGAAAGAUCUGCCCUGCCAUAAUGAGGAGAAUUUUUCGCUGUUCAACACGGAGAACGGCGUGAAAACAUCCUCCAAGAGGCCCUCGGUUUACAUCCCGACCGUCGACAUUCCCUCGGAACAGGUGAUAGUUACUGAGAAAAAGAAUAUCCUACUCCGAUAUCUACAUCAGCAAUGGGAUAAAAAGAAUGCUCCCAAAAAGCGAGAACAUGGAACCGACUCAUCCAAUGAUACCCUAAGAAAACGACCACGACUUGAGAACAGAGAAAACAACAACACAUAAACAGGUUCGGCAGGUGGUAACUUUUUAGCUACAGGAGUGUUCGCCGUAAAGAUAACAAGAGGAAAAUUAAAGAUCGAAAUCAGAGAUAAAACAUACACAUCCCAUGUAGAUAUUAUCCCAUCAGCCAAUUUCACUCGAUCCGAGAGCAUUCAGAAUUCGAACUCAAGCAUGAAAAUUUCAACGUCAAAACAAAAAAUAAGGCGGAUGGAAUGAUAGAUAGCGUUAGAAGAAGAAGAAUUACAAUACCUCCAUCUCUUGCUGCUUUUUAGUUCCCAGUUUCUGCUCAGCAGACUUUUGGUAUUCUCAGUUUUCUAAUUGCCCUUGAAUACACGACUCUUGAUAUCAAUCUUGAUGCACAGAGAAAACGAUUCUGAUUGAAAAAACAAACCUAAAAAGUGGGUAAACAUAAAAUGCUACAUAAUUUUCCAUCUUCCAAAACACCCGUUUCUGAAUUCUGGUGUCUAAAGCCUCUAAAGGUUACGUUCGACUGUAAGCUGUGUGCUGCUAGCGAGAAUAAGUUUUUUCUAGUUUCUAAUACUGCUUUUCUUAUGAUCGCGCCUCAGUAAAGGAUAAAACAGAUUUAGCAGUAAGCAAUAUAUAUUAUGUAAAGUA